CGCCCUUUUGGCGCCAGCUUACGUGUUGCACAAGCAACAGUUUUUUUUCAACCUUCGGGUCGGAAAGUUGAUGCGAGAACAAACAAAAAAGAAUAGACUUAGAGAAAAUGGGAAAUUUGGGGUUGAUCAAUUUUUCGGUGUGGUGUGUUUUGGUUGCCUGUGGGUUGAUUGAUAAAAAGGUCAAUUCAGAUAGUUCCUGUGAUAUAGAAAUAUCAGAAACUUUACGCACCUUAUUGAAUCCGGAAGCAAACGAUUCGAUCCACGUGCAAGCGUUACGCAGACAGCUUUUGAGGAAACUCAAAGAGGAUUUGGAUUUGGCCGAAUUGGAAGACGAUAGGAAUUAUAAAAGAAAUUUGGCUUCGUUGGCCGCCUGGAAUAACUUGCCGGGCGAAAGUAAACGAAAUCUGGAGUCUCUGGCACGUGCCGGAACUUGGUACAAAAUUCCUCCGGAGCUGGAUCACAAUGGAGAUUUGAACUAUAAGCGGAGCAUUGAUGACGUGGCCAAAACCAAUCAGCCCUCGAUGAUGGACAAUCAAAAGCGAGGUAUAGAGGCUUUGGCCAGAAACGGCGAAUUACGUCAUCUGAGUUAUCGCAUGCUUCCAGAUACGUUUGAUUACAAACGUACUCUUGGAAAUUUCGAUCAGAACUUCCCUGUAGGAGCAACUGCAGGUUUUGGUAAACGUUUCGUUGGCAGUUUGGCUAAAAACGGAAUUUUACCUUACGCCUAUGGCAAAAGAAACAUCCAAUCUUUAGCCAGAGAUGGAGCUUUAGGCAAACGAUCAGUCGAUAAUGCGGAAGCACCCGACGACAAGCGUAGCAUUCAAUCCGUGAAAGCUCAGCAAAGGAACAAGCGCGAAGCCGAUUAUUUCGAGAACGAAUUGAUUUAUCAAAUGCCAGUGGAUUACGAAGACAUUUUGCAAGAUUUAGCGGCGACGACACAAGACGCUGCUUAUCCGGUCGAAGACAAACGUUUCUUGGGAUCUGUAGCGAAAACCGGUUGGUUCCGACCGACAACCCGAGGUAUCACCAGUCUGACAUCGUUACCGGACAAACGUCACGUGGCCGCCUUGGCCCGCCUCGGUUGGUUGCCCGCCUAUCGAUCCGUACGACGAUUCAAUCGAUCCGGACGAUCGUUUUUAAAAGCCGACAGUAACGACGACAUUUGCAAGUGGCGAAAGGAGGAUUCCUCAAAUGGGAAAACCAAAAACUACAGCUAUACCAAAAUCACGUCGGUACCAUUAAACUAUAACCGAUACCUACUAAAGCCAGCAGCGGAUAACAAUAAUUUUAUUAAAAAGGUAUUUAGACAUCCUAGAAUGACCCUUAUGUAAUAUUUUUUAAAUGCAAAACAAAUUCCAGACAAUAUUGUAAUUCUCUUUUCCUUGAUCGGUAUUUGUAAUUGGAUAUUAUAUCGAAAAUUCAUUCAUAUCUUGCACUAUUCAUAUCGUAAUAUAUUUUAUUAAUCAAGAAUAUCUUCGGAUACAUAUGAUUAGAUUAAAAAAAUAUUAUUAGGGCCAGUUGAAUAAAACUAAUAUCGAUCCAUGUAUGUAGUAGCUGAGAAGUUUAUCCUUAUUAUAGAUAUACAAUUUUCUAGAACAAUAUUUGAAUAAGGUAUCAAUCAUUUUUCGAACUUAAUACAGGGGCUGGAAUGUAUAAGUAUUAAAAUAUAGAAGACAAUAUACACGCUGUGUGCGACAAUAUAAAUAAUAAGUUUUUUGCAGGCUCUUAUUGAGUUUCAAUGUUUGACUUUAUAAUAAUUGUAGUUACUAUGACAAUAAUGAUAAUUUUUGUUUCCACGACAAUAAUUGUCUUAGGUGUAUAUUUAAGUAAAUGUUUAACUUUAUCAGAAUAAAAUAAUUCUAAAUGUAUAUUUAUUGACAAUAAAAAUGUAACAAUAACUAA